CACGUGUCGUGCGACCUCAUUGCCGUGCGACCGAAAUCUUUAGGGGCAUUGGACCAGUCGCAAAGGUACAGUUAUUUGCACAAUUGACGGGCAAAAAAUGCACCACACUCAAGCAUGGGGAGCACUGCCCCUAAUUUGGGUGCAUCGAGUUCCGUUUCCCCGGAAGGAAUGUCAUGGAGGAAACAGACUGCGAUGAUGACAGGUGGCGGUGUACUCGACUGUAGUCAUAACCGCAACACCGCGCGACCUGACUCAGAUCGCCGAUGUCGUCAGCGAGUGCAUGCAUCACAUUGCACGCUCAGCACAUGGCCGUAGCUGGGCGCGGUGGCCAAGAAGACGGGGGUGCGAUAAGUGUUGAGGUUAUCCAGUCACCAGGACGCGGGUUCUGGCGACUCAUGAUGCAUCGUGAGAUAAGGAACUCCAGCCUUGGAGUAAAGCCUGAUGGAUUUCAGAAUACUGUUGGGGAGGCAAGGGGCCCGCCGCCUGCAAAGGGGGGUGCAAUCCGGAAGUAUUGCGGAUGAUGACCCGCAAUAUCAGUAUCUGGUGCGUUCGAAUUUUGAUCGACGCACAUUGGACGCGUGGAUCCGGAAGUCUCUGCAGCCUGAGGAACCAUGCUCGGUUGUUUUUCAUCUUGCUGUCUAUCUAGGUUUGCGCAUGCUCUCUUGACACCCACCGGUUGCGCCCCAGGUGCACCGUGUGAUGGGGCUUCUUCUAAUGUUCUGGACAUGGGGUUCCGCACAGAUAAGCGUCCUUCGCACUUCUGCGGCGAGUGUCCGGCGUUCGCUGCAGGAAGGGCAAGUGGGGGCUCGCGGACGGCGUGGUGCGGCGUGUUAUAAUGAACAAGGACCUGGCUCGGUGCUUCGAGUGGCGGUGGCGGGUGAAGAGAUAAGGCGGGGGGCUUCUCGGCUUCUCCCACUUUUCGUUAGUUCUCGUUUCCGGUUUCACACGAGGAAGCGUCGAGCGGUUCUUAUCUUACCAGCUGUGUCGGCUUGGCGCAGGCAUCCCGACGAAUUUAAAAUCGUGGAGCAAGAGACCUAAACUCUCGUGCCCUCCUCUGGUAUUCCCUCGUCCGCAAUGGUUCUCCUCCGCUCCAGCUUCUUCGCGACCCUCGUCCUCCUCGCCACCGCGACGAGCGUCCCCCGGGCCAUGGUCGUGCACGAGUCGCGCCCCGCUCCGGCUGUCGGCUUCGUCCACACCGGAGUCCCGCCGGCCGACCAGGAGCUGACGCUGCGGAUUGCGCUCAAGCAGAACAACAUUGCCGGUCUCGAGGCUGAGCUCCUGGCCGUCUCUACCCCGGGAAGCGCGCGCUACGGCCAGCACCUGACUUCUGAGGAGAUGCUGUCAUACGUCACCCCGUCCUCUGACACCGUGACCGCCGUCAACACGUGGUUGAAGGAGCACAACCUGACCAGCAGCGUGGUUUCCCCCGCAGGCGACCACCUCUCGGUCAAGGUCCCCGUCGCCAAGGCCAACUCGCUGCUUGGCACUCAGUUUUCUGUGUUCACUCACAUCGAGUCUGGCGAGACGACUGUGCGCACGCUAGAGUACUCUCUCCCCGCUGACAUCGCACCGCACGUCGACUUCGUCGGCCCGACGACCGCCUUCCUGCGCCCGUCCCAGGGACCCAAGUUCACUCCCUUCACCAGCGAGCGCAAGCGGCAGUCAUCGUCGUGCAACUCGCAGAUCAACCCUACAUGCCUCCAGUCGAUCUACCACCUGCCCACGGCCGCCGCAACGCACUCGGCCAGCCACCACAUCGCUGUCACUGGCUUCAUUGACCAGUAUGCCAACAGCGCUGAUCUCAAGAUGUUCCUCCGUGACUUCCGCCCUGCGGUCACCUCGUCCUUCAUCCUCGAGACCCUUGACGGCGGUGUGAACAGUCAGAGCUCCGGAUCCGCGGGUAUCGAGGCUAACCUCGACGUGCAAUACACUGUCGGCGUCGCAACUGGCGUCCCGGUCAACUUCGUCUCUGUCGGCAACAACUUCAACGACGGCGUGAACGGCUUCAUCGACGUGAUGAACUUCUUCAUUGGCCAGUCCGCCAGCGCCCGGCCGUCCGUCGUCACUACCUCGUACGGCUUCGACGAGCGCGACUUGACACGCGCGCAGUUGACGUCCAUGUGCAACACCUACAUGCAGCUCGGCGCCCUCGGUACCUCCAUCCUCUUCUCCUCCGGUGACGGAGGUGUCAGCGGAUCGCAGUCCCAGACCUGCACGACAUUUGUCCCGACCGCCCCGUCUGGAUGCCCGUACGUCACCAGUGUCGGCUCCACCCAGGGCACGACCGAGGUUGCUGCGUCCUUCUCGUCCGGUGGAUUCUCCAACUACUUCCCCGUGCCUAGCUUCCAGAAGACCGACGUCUCUGGAUACCUGUCAGCGAUUGGCACCCAGUACCGCGGCAAAUUCAACGCCACCGGCCGUGGAUUCCCCGACAUCGCCCUCCAGGGUGUCAACUUUGUCAUCGCAUCCAACGGCCAGGAGGGUACCGUCGAUGGAACGUCGUGCUCGUCGCCCAGCUUGGCCUCGAUCAUCGCGCUUGUCAACGACCAGCUCGUCGCUGCCGGCAAGCCCACCAUGGGCUACCUCAACCCCUUCAUCUACUCCGCCGCCGGCCGUGCUGCCCUGAAUGACGUCACCAGCGGCUCCAACCCCGGCUGCAACACCAACGGAUUCUCUGCCCGUGCUGGGUGGGACCCCGUUACCGGUCUCGGAACCCCCAACUACACCAAGUUCCUCGCUGCGGCGUUGGCGGCUUGAGCGGGAGGAAUGACUUAUUACUAAACAAAUUGUACUCGGGAGGAAUUCGUUGCAUUGAAAUAACGAACUUUCAUGACUUGCAAAGGCCAGAAUAGUGACAAUCUUUGUGCUCAAACAGCCAAAUCUCAGCGAGACAUGGCGUAAAACUCGGCCAAUCUUGGGCUGAGCAAGGACAAAUCGCCGUCUGCACCUGUAGAAUAUCUGAUUGCCGAAUUGAGGUCGACUCUAAUCCGAUAAUGUGGAAAUCAAUGCUCGCAUGUGCCGAUUUGGACAGUGUAAAUUGGCCGCAUGGAGUGGCCUCUAGCAGGGAGUAGCCGGGGGCCUACUUUCCUUCGCUGUGUUCAUUCAAGAGGCAGCGUCCGCCGGGCUAAACCUUCAUGUGCCAAGUUCCUGGCUGGCGUUUCCGGCACCUCCGGCACGAGGUCGUGAGCUUUUCCCGUUCGUUCGGCCCCUCUCUGCCCUGCACCUUACCCCACACCCAGACCCCGCUAUGUCCUCACUCCCGUAUGAGUUGGUGGAACUCAUUCUCGACAUGCUUGCUGAGGAUCGGCUGUCCCUGCGGGCAUGCUCCCUCGCAGCUCAUCUGCUUCUGGAGGCCGCCCAGACUCGCUUGCUCAAACGCAUCACGAUCCGCCCGCCGUCGUCCCAGUCUGGAAAAUCUUGUCAGCAGCUCUCGAAGCUGCUUGAAUCGUCGCCGCACGUCUCUUGCAUGGUGCAAAAGCUCACUGUUGUGCUCGUGGAAUUCGCUCUAGACUGCGAUCCCCAAAUUGGGGGAUCUCUCGAUCGCCAGCCGCCGCCGUGGGUGUCGUCCGAUCCCAUCCUCGGGCAUGUGAUCGACUCAUUCGUGAACCUGCGCAGCCUUUCGUUGGUGGAGAGUACACCCCAGGGAUGGAGCAAGAGGGGGGUGUACUCGAUGCGCUGGGACGCGUUGCCUCCAGGCACUCAAGGGGCUCUGACGCGGGCGUUUGCUAGGUUGGAGAGUGUGCGGAUCCGCGGGCUGGUGAUCGAGUCUCCGCUAUGUCUUCUACGUCUCUUCAGCGCGUCCACUGCGCUGAAGAGUCUGUCUUUCUCCCGCAUCCAUUUCACGAUGCCGGAAAAGUGCAAGGGAGAAGUGGGAAAGUGGACACCGCUUCUGGAAAGGCUUCUAUUGUCGGAUUGGUGCGCGGACCCGAUUAGCGCUUUGUUCGUCUCCGGUAGGGGAGUCAACCUCACGCGCGGCGUCAAGGUGUUGUCGAUAGCCACCGAGUCCAAAGCCGAUAUGACACAGAUCCUGGCUGAGGUCGACACGACAGCGGUAGUGAGUCUCAAGUUGACUUUUGCAGUCGAUGCUAUCGAACUAUCCAGCCCCCACCUCCGCAUCCUGCACGUCUUUGAGUCCCACCUCAUCGGCGCCCUCUCGUCCGUCUUCGGGCGCGUCCCGGAAGGGUCAAUGCUGGAAACGAUCAUCAUCGAGGGCCCGCACCCGGCCUUCGGGCUCGAUCUCGGGACGUACUUCCAGCAGACGUUGAUCCCAGGCCUGUCGCGCAUGCCGCGGCUGACGAGCGUCGAGCUUCGCGCGUUCUUCACGGCCGGGCCACUCGAAUUCGAGGCAUGGCGGACAUGCGCUCUGAGGCUGUUGACGGUACUUGGACGCCGGCUGAAGAUUACGAGGGUGCCUGCACCUGAGAGCGCGAAAACACCGUCGUGGUCGUUCGAGUGAAUAUUUUGACGUCUGAAAACGUAGUUCGGCUGCCCAAUUAUGGGGACAUCGUUCCAUCGUGGCCCGUGGGAGGCGUUGAAAUUUCAGAUGGCCCACAACUAACCUCGAGAAAUCGAAAUUGACCCCUAAACCAACUAAUUCUUUGAUCUACUCAGCUGGGAAACAGUCGCCUCCUGCUCGAUUCGAUAUUUCCUCCGAGAUUGCUUCUUCUCCAGCGGUAUCAGACUGACUGCGAGUGCCGAGAUCUGAAAAUGUGUCUAACCGUUGACGUCCGUUUUGGGUCCCAAUAGAUAAGAGCCUUCCCACACAGAACUUGUUUAUCCCAGUCCGGUCUCGCCGAUCCUCAGGAUUGCGAACCCGUAAAUGUGGAUAUGCGCUCAAAAAAGAGAUCACAG